CAUCACCAGUCACAAUGGCCGCUACCAAGGACACCCCGCGCUCUGGCAUUGCCGCUGGUCUCAACAAGGGUCACAAGACUACGGCCCGCGUCAACAAGCAACGCGUGAGCCGCACCAAGGGCCACCUCAGCAAGCGGACUGCUUUCGUUCGCGACCUUGUCAAGGAGGUCGCUGGUCUUGCUCCUUACGAGCGCCGCAUCAUCGAACUGCUCCGCAACAGCAAGGACAAGCGGGCGCGUAAGCUCGCCAAGAAGAAGCUGGGCACCUUUGGCCGUGCGAAGGCCAAGGUCGACGACAUGAACCGUGUCAUUGCCGAGUCUCGUCGUGCUGGCCACUAAGCUCCGAAUAAGCGCAUGGGACGAACGCGCAGGGUGAAGGCCGAGGACUCGAUGGCAGAUUCUGGGGUGGAGUGAAUUGACGCUGAGACAAUGCCUGAGGUCGUUGUACUCCUAGAUAUCCCCGCUGCCUCCCUUUCUAGUAAGGGGUAGUAUCUGAACAAUUUCAAGCCCGCCACCACCCUUAAGUGGACGCCAACGGUUGAAAAUCUUGUUUCACUUCUGAAGUCCUGGGCCUUGGACCGGUAUCCAACAAUGUAAGGGGGUUAUCUAGAUGGCUUAUGAUAUGGCUGUAGAUGGUUGGAUACUGGCGUACCCAAUUCUGACUACAGCUUCACCGCUUGCAGCUUGGAUAGGACCUAGAGAAUAUCGCCUUCUCACACCACCUUCCCUCGCGUAAUCAGGGGGGUCAACAUCUAGGCGCUUGCAGCGUAUCC